AUGGAUAUUUUUACCAGUUUAACUUCCGGGCUCCCACCUCCAAAGAACUCACAGCAUAAGUCAGGACAUAUAUCAAACUAUUUUAUUAAUGUAGAAAAAGAUUUAAUAAACACUUUUUUACAAAAUGAUUAUAAUAAUGUUGCUAAUGAAAAAAAAGAUUCGAUUUUAAAAACUGCAGAAACAUCCAAUAAAAAGUAUGUUCAAUCGAUAUUAAAGCCCAUUAGGGAAAAAGACCCUUCUUUUGAAUGCAAGCUUCCAACCAAAGAUGAAAUACAAAAGAGCACCGCAAAAACAAGACAGAUAGUAGAAAAAAUACUGACAAACAUUCCCAACGUUUCAUUAAACAACACCACUAAAAAUAUACAAAGUAAUAUCACAAACCUGAUUGAUAUAAGGGAAGGGGAAUACGAUCCUUUACGUCCAUCGACGAAACCAAUAUUAAAAAAUAUACCGUUUCCCGAACAAAAUAUGGAGAAUCCGGAAACACCUAUCGUACAUAUACCUGGAAACUCCAAAUUAUCCAAACAAGAUUUGAAAAAUUGGCAAAUACCUAGUGCAGUAUCGGAAUGGAAAAACCCGAAGGGGUUUACAAUAUCUGUUGAAAAAAGAAUGGACUUUAAAAAAGCACAGCUGAAUAAUCUUGCUACCUCUGUUCCAUCUACCGAAAAAUUUGCGUUGCUUUCUGAAGUUUUGGAUGAUGCUACUGAUAGUGCACGCAAAAUGUUAAAGGAAAAGGCAGAACUAAAGGCAAAAGAAACGGAAGAAGAGGCUAAAAAAUCAGAAAUAAAAAUGAGACUAUUGGCUGCAAGAGCACAGGAACAGCGCCAAUUAAAUGGUAAUAAUAGUUAUUCUAACAGAAGAGAACAUGUCAGAAUGGAAAGAAGAAAGAUUUUGGAAAAACAUCAACCCGCUAUUGACAAAAAUUAUAGAGGUCAAAAUUAUAGAGGUCAAAAUUAUAGAGGUCAAAAUAGAGAGGUACUAGAUGCAACAAACUUGUCAGUUAAAGGUGAGGAUAAGAGCACUGCAAAAGAAGUUCAAUAUGAUUCCAAGUUUUUCACAAGAGGAGCAAAUGCUGAAGCAAAAAGGAAUGAGGAACAGGUUUAUGAUAAGCCAUUGUUUAAUCAGCAAAAUGUUAGUAGACUCUAUAAACAAAAAAGAAAUGUACACGAGGUGUAUGAUCAGGAUGUGGAUGAAGCGUUACAUAAUGUUAGAACAAAAUCAAUCCGUUUUAGCAAGGCUACUAAAAUAGGAAUGGAUUCCUCAUCAAGUAUUGAGUAUAAAGAGAAAGGUAACGAAAGGAAGUCAAAGUGA